AUGCGGAAGAAACAAUGGUCGGGAAGGAUCUGUGCUCCAGGAGGAGGACUCUCCUCCCCCUACUCGCCCGCCACACACCCGCGGGAAAGCACAUCGAUUCGCUUCAGCACAGCCGCCGUUGGCGACGGCCGUUUGAAGGCUAAAGUGGCUGGCAACGUGCCAGCUGCCGCCGUGCUCUCAGGCUUAGGCUCGAGCUGGGCGGAGCCUCCCAAGUAG